UUUAUCCCGCGAAUCAUAGGAAACUAAUUCGAAACAAAGGCUCCCCUUUGAAUCCAAACAAAUACAACGGAGUAGUAGCAUUCUGCUCUUCUCAACAUCCAAACUCCCAUGGAAACCGACAAGAAUUCCACUUUUGAUCCUGACUUGGUUCACGAAAUCUUCAAGCUCGUUUGGAGAAGAAGAGCUGCUGAUCGCGAGAAAAAUGAUCUACCCCAAACUAUGGACACCGAAAUUGUCGGAGCAGCUAGCGCCUCCAGGAAAAAUCGCCCUACUUUUGCUAAUGCAACUGCACUGAAGCUGAGCUGUGAGCUGCUCCGAGUUUUUGUUGCAGAAGCUGUGCAGCGUGCUGCUGUUAUUGCUGAAGCUGAAGGUACUAAUAGAAUUGAAGCAACACAUUUAGAGAGGAUACUUCCACAGCUGCUUUUAGAUUUUUAAGGUACUCUAGAAAACAAUGAAUUAUGACUUGCAUGAAAAUUGACGGUAUCAGUGUUUAGGUUCACUGAUUAUUUUAUGAUCUGAAAAUUGAAAUGGCCUUUUUAGCAUUUAUUUUAUGAAUUAUGAAAACAUUUUCUAGAUCACUAGAUGUUUUAUGCUUUUGAAGUAGUGAUAACAAUAUGUAAUUUGAUUUGUAAACCUAAUACAGUUGAUUUUAAUUUCA